CUACAUACAUAUUUACUGUUACUCCGGAAAGUUAAAUAAGGAUAUAUAUAACGACUUGAAUAAGAGAUAUGAAUACCCAAAAUCUGUCUUCGUUAUUUAAUGUUUUCAAAUGUAAUGUUAAAAAUCUUACGAAAACAUGCUAUGCAAAUUCUUACUUGUCAAAGAGCAAGGGAACUCGCAAAGUAGAGAAAGCAAGAAAGUACAAACGACCAGAAGAUUUAGAAGAUCCACAGUAUUAUGGUAUUGGACCAAAAGAAGAAGUUAAAGCUCUCUUUAAGUCACUACUUAAUAAAGGAUUUGCUAAAGAACAAGUUUCAUACAGCCCUCCUAAAGAACUCGAGCCAGAACUUCUUAAGAUAUGUAAAAAGGUAUUUGGAACAGAGCUAGGUUCUGAUUGGAAAAAUCAAAGUUUAACUGAUCCAGUAAUAAAAUAUAAGCUUUUAACAAAAGCCAUCCAACAAUUUAAAAAAGAUGUUCCAAACUCUGAACUUCAUAAAAUGAAGGAAGUUGGGGACCUCCUUUCCUUCUUAAGUAUGCCUGUUGACGGAUGUUACCACUAUGACCGUUUGGCUCGAGACAGUGAGCAGUUGCCUCCAAAUCUCCAUAUAAUGCCUGAUACUCCAGAAUUUAAUCCUGAAACUGACACUUUCUUUAACGGCAUUACUGCCUAUCCUGGGCGUAAAAGGUUAAUUCAUACAAAACUUGGAGAAAAGUUUGAAAAAACAAUAGAGUGGCCUCACAUAUAACGAAAAAGUAUUUUCAUUACUAUAGUUUGGAUUGGAUCAUUCUUAUGUUUCCAAUGUACAUUAUGUAAGUCAUUUUUUGUAUUUCAUUCUUUUGAAAAAUGUAUAAAUAAAAUAUUUACUUGCUAU